GAAAUAGGUCAUGACGUCAAGUGGACAACAGAUGAUGAUGAUUAUAUAAGCUAGUCAAAUUUCCAAUGAACCGCUCCGACAAGCUGUCCGGCCAAGCUGAAAGACUCAACACUGCCUUGUCCAGUUGUCCGUCGGAAGCAACUUGCCAUUCUUGUCCAUCGAAACAACAAAAAACCCAACUACAACACAAUAUCAACCAUCGACCUCAGAGUACAAGAAUCCAACAAACGAACGAACAAACGAACAAACAAACAAACCAACAAACAAACAAAUUCAGGAGAUCGAUUUCCCUACUAUCAGCAUGUCAAACAACCCAAGACCCAACUCAACCCGUCCAAACUAUCAAUUCAAACUGGUUCUGUUGGGAGAAUCGGCCGUUGGAAAGUCAUCUUUAGUGCUCAGAUUCGUCCAGAACGAUUUCCAAGAAUAUCGUGAAAGCACAAUCGGGGCGGCUUUCUUGACUCAAACUGUUAAGAUUAAUGAGCAAACAACAAUCAAAUUCGAGAUCUGGGAUACAGCUGGUCAGGAACGUUACAAGUCAUUAGCUCCUAUGUACUACCGAAAUGCGAAUUGUGCGGUAGUCGUCUACGACAUAACAUCUAGUGCUUCAUUGGAGAAAGCUAAGGUCUGGAUUCGAGAGCUACAGAAACAAGCAGACGCCCAGAUCGUUAUCGCUCUUGCUGGGAACAAAGCCGACCUAGAAGAGAGACGCCAAGUCCCCACUGAAGAAGCACAACGGUUUGCAGAAGAAGAAAACUUGUUAUUCUUUGAAACUUCGGCCAAAGAUUCGACGAAUGUGACUGACAUAUUUACGGCGAUAGCCAAGAAGCUUCCAUUAGAUUCGGCUGCUUCUCGCGGCCCCCGAGGAUCCGCUUCAGGAGCCCGAACAUCCGGCGCGGGCGUCAGUCUCAAUCAAGCCGAAACUCAAGACGGCCCCUGUGCAUGUUAAGGAGCACUUGUCCUCUUAACCCCCCCCCCCCCCCC